UGGGUUCACCUUCCCCCCAUGGCAGUUAGAAGUUUGGAAGUUUUUACUUGCCAAAAUGGCACUGGCAGACGAGAGCGGUUACGAGUCAGUGAUCUGUGUAAAGCCAGAGGUUCAUGUGUACAAGAUCCCACCCCGCGCCACUAACCGUGGAUAUCGAGCAGCUGACUGGAAGCUGGAUGAGCCAGCAUGGACCGGCAGGAUGAAAAUCAUAUCCAUAGGAAAGCUUGCCUAUAUCAAGCUAGAGGACAAAAACUCAGGAGAGUUGUUUGCCCAAGCCCCAGUGGAGCAGUAUCCUGGAUGUGUGGUGGAGGCAGUCACAGAUUCUAGCAGAUAUUUUGUGGUGCGGAUAGAGGACGGCAGUGGACGACAUGCAUUUAUUGGCCUGGGGUUUGCUGAUCGUGGGGACUCCUUUGACUUCAAUGUGGCUCUUCAAGACCACUUCAAGUGGGUAAAACAGGAAGGUGAGCUGGCGAAAGAGGAAGCGUCUCAAAGCACAGCACCCAAACUGGACCUAGGCUUUAAAGAGGGCCAGACUAUCAAGAUUAGCAUUGGGAACAUAAAGAAGAAGGAUCCAGGUGCCAAGUCUCGCCCCAUGGGUAGUGGCCUUCUCCUUCCUCCACCAAUGGCUAAGGGUGCAGUCCUUGUAUCCCUUCCUGGUGGCCAGCAAUCACCUCCACCUCCAUACUCCAACACAGCCUCUCUUUUAGAUUUCGGAGGCCGGGUCCCUGCCGCCCAGCCUACUGCAGACCUGUGGGGAGACUUCACAGCGGCUGGCGCCAGCUCCAGUCAAGACACUGCUAAAGGAUGGGUGCAGUUUUAGCAGUGAGAUGGACCACAUACACACUCUCUCUCACACACACUCAGGCUCCUUACAUUCCCUGGAUAGAAUGAUUGUGACAACAGAAAUGUGAGGUGGGGGAGCUCUGUCAACUGACAGGUUGCUUGACACAAAUGAUGCUGUACGUUACCUACACAUUUUGCAUACCAAAUGUAUAGAUUCAAACUAUCACAAGUCAAUGAUUGACCAGCACAUACUUUUUUAGAUACAAAGACAAUAUUACUAAUUUUUGGAUACUUUAACUAUGCAGUCAGAAGUGACACUUCAUUUUGUCGUUGAUCAAGUAUUGAUACCUCUUUUGCUGUCACUGACCAGGUGAAAAUGAUGUGCAUUCCAUGUUAUAACACCUUAAGGUGGCGGUCCGCUCAUCUUUAUAUGUCCAUCUCUCUCAAUUUCUCUCAAUCUUUACAAUAAUCUGGAUGUCAAUAUCUCGCUGUCAACCUUUCCCCUUAUCUCUGACCCUUCACCUCACACUACUCCUAACUCCUGCCCAGCAUCAUUCAUCAUCUCAUUGAGUCAUCCAACAUUAGGUGUAAAGUUUAGUAUUUGUAUGCCUUACUUUUUUAUUUGUGUUGGAGAGGGUGAAUAUUUGUUUUCUUUUGUAUGUUUUAUGUUCAAGUAUAACUUGUCCCUCACUUUUAUUUGAGAGAAUAUGAAGGACAGGUGUGUGUGUGUGUGUGUGUGUGUGUGUCUUUUCACAAGGUUGGGAGUUGACUUUGCUUCAAUGUUGCUCCACACCCUCCUUUAAACUGGCCUCUUGGUUAAGAUAAAGUAUAGUAUCUGUUCCUAUCAGUCUGAUAUCUGAUAUCUUGGGCCUUUAGUAUACUUUUACAUUUUAGUCAUUUAGCAGACACUCUUAACCAGAGCGACUUACAGCAGCCAGAUCAAACCAAUGUUCUAGUUUUUGGUAAAUAUGAGGAGGUAGGUCGGAGAAAGGCAACAUUGACAGUUAACCAGAUAAGUAGAAUUCUGGCAGAUGUGUGUGAUGCGUUUGUCUUUUUUAUUUGUUUACAAACCAUAUCAUAAAUCUUUGGCCUUUCCUGUCCUUUUUAUUGAGUUUCUCUGUUUGUCAUCCUUUAUUUUUCCCUAGUAGUGCCUUUUCAGCGAAUUGGUGGAGUUAUUGAUGUUUUGGCUUUAAUUUGCUACAAAUAUUUGCUCCAAGUGCCUUUUUACGCAAAUCAAAAUCACCUGUAUAAAAUGUAAAGCAAAUUUUUUACUGUAAAUAAACCAUUCGUUGUUCAGUU